AUGAAGGAUGAGAUAUGGAAGACCAUCACAUCGCGGAGAAAUUGCGCGAAAGCGAAAAACGUCGUUGUUUUCAUCGGCGACGGAAUGGGGAUUCCAGUCAUCACGGCAGCGCGGAUUCUGAAAGGGCAGAAAGCCGGGAAAACAGGAGAGGAGACAUUCCUGAACUUUGAAAGAUUUCCCUACACGGGGCUCAUGCGGACAUACUGUACGGACAAGCAAGUGCCUGAUUCAGCAUGCACAGGAACAGCCCUUUUUGGCGGCAUCAAGGCACCCUACUACACUCUCGGUGUCGACGUUCAUGCCAAGUUCGGAGAUUGCAAGGCAACAAUGAAGUACAAAAGCUACUUUCCCGAAUCCAUCAUGACUCAUGCACAAGCUGCGAAAAAACUGACUGGAUUCGUCACGACAUCCCGAGUAACGCAUGCCACACCUGCUGCGACUUACGCUCACUCUCCGCACAGAGACUGGGAAUGUGACGGGAAAUUGCCCCCGGAGGCAACGGAAUGCAAGGACAUCGCCAGGCAAAUGAUCGAAGACGCGCCUGCAAGAGACUUCCAUGUUAUGAUGGGAGGAGGGCGUCAGUUCUUUUUCCCCAACGAAACCUACAACCAAAAUAGAUCCGAGGCCCAAUGCCAGCGGCGAGAUGGUCGCAAGCUCGUGGAAACAUGGAUCAACGACAAGAAGAGCAGGAACGCGACCUACAAAUACGUAACGACGACAUCCGAGCUUCAAGAUGCCAUGAGGAACAAACCAGAUUACCUACUCGGGUUGUUCAGCAGCAGUCACAUGAGUUACGAAAGCGAGAGGAACACGUCACCAAACGGAGAACCGAGUCUCGCAGACAUGACUGAAGCGGCGAUUAAUAUCUUGGAAAAUGACAAAGGGUUUCUUCUCAUGGUUGAGGGGGCGAAAAUCGAUCACGCGUUGCAUGACAAUAACGCACGGCGGAGUCUCGAAGACCUCCUCGCUUUGGAGGAAGCAGUUGAACGUGCUCUCAGAAAGACGAGUCAACUGGACACACUCAUCAUCGUUACUGCUGAUCAUUCGCACACACUGACGAUAAAUGGCUACCCAAGCAGAGGAAAUCCUAUCUUGGGCAUAGCGGAAAAACAGACUGAUUUUGGACUCCCGUACACAACCCUGAUGUUUGCCAACGGUGUCGGUUACAAUUACACCAACAACGGAACACACAUUUUGUGGCGGAAUCUUACCAACGUGGAUACCGAGGCACUGGAUUUCCGACAGCAGGCAGCCAUUUACCGCGAAGACGGAGAUGAGACCCAUGGCGGCGAGGACGUUGCAGCUUAUGCCAUCGGACCGUGGGCCCAUUUGAUAACUGGAGCACACGAGCAACCCUACGUUGCUCACGUCGCGAAUUACGCCGCAUGCCUGGGAGAUUACGCCGAGAUGUGUCAGAGCUCCAUGCGAAAAGCGAGCUGUGGAAUCGAAGUUUCCUCGGCAAAUACUGCUGGAGGGAUCCACGCCGUUUUCAUUAUCAUCGCGUUCUCAAUGAGCUACAGCAUGCUUCAUUUCUGAUCUGAUUUAAGUUAUUUGCAGCAUAUUCAUAGCUUUGAUCUCAGUGUCCAGGGCUGCUGGCACAAGCCUGUAUGCCACCGGUGUGCAAACCCUCAGCACUUAACUCUUCUAUGCAUGAACAACUGCAAUCAGACCUAAUAAUGUGUAUGAAGUGUUCCCUGCUGAAUAUUUGUAAGAAAUGAAUGAAUGGAUUUUGAUUUUUCAUAGUAAAA